AUGGUCCAAGAUACCAUCUUCUUCAAUGGACGCAUCCUAACAAAGGCUGGCGCCGGUCUCGAUGGACAGCCAGUGUUCGCGGAUAGUAUGCUCGUGAAAGAUGGAGCCAUCGCUGCGACAGGGAAAUUUGAAGAGCUCAUCUCUGGAUGUUCAUCCGAGGUCCAACGCCGCGACCUCGAACAGCAGACCGUUCUCCCGAGUUUCAUCGAUGGCCACAUGCACCUUCUUCUGCUUGGACAAUCACUUCGCAAACUGGAUCUCCGACCCUGUAAAUCACUGGAGGAGAUUCGAUCAACUAUCAAGGCGUAUGCGGUCGCCAACCCUGAUGUACCGACUAUUCUAUGCAAAGGCUGGAUGCAUUCCCAGACCCCAGGCGGGGUAAACGCCACGAUGCUUGAUGAUAUUGACCCAAGGCCCAUCUUCAUUGAUGCAAGCUCGCUGCACUCAUGCUGGAUGAACUCCAGUGCUCUGAAACAACUCGGCGCUGAAACCAUGUCCGACCCACCAGGUGGCAGCAUCCACCGGGACGCAGAGGGCAAGCCUUCAGGUGUCAUGGACGAAGGUGCCGUAAUGUCAAUUAUCUGGCCAUUCCAAGCAGUCUCCUCAUCAAAGGAAGAGCGCAUUGAGUCGAUUCUCCAGGCAAUCCAUGAAUACAACGCAGCGGGAUAUACCGGCGUUAUUGAAAUGGCCAUGGACGAGGAAGCAUGGGACAGCCUUUUGACUCUUCGCUCGCAAAAUCCAGAUCUCCCCAUGCGUGUGUCCGCAUACUGGCUCAUUAAACCAACUGGAGAUCACGAAGCAAACACCAAGCAGGUGCACCGUGCGAUUGAACUGGCUGGAAAGUAUAACUCGACCACGAGCCCCGACGUUCGGAUUGUCGGCAUCAAGAUAAUCUGCGACGGUAUCAUCGAUGCCUGCACUGCAUUCCUGUCACAGCCAUACGCGCCUGUCGACUCACCACCGCCGAUCUGGGAGGCCGAGCAUCUGUAUCCCGUUGUUGCUCAAGGCGACAAGGCAGGUCUUCAGAUCGCCCUUCAUGCCAUUGGAGACGGGGCAAUCAAACUCGCGAUUGGUGCAAUCGAGAAGCACGCCACUCCCGGGAGGCGCCACCGCAUUGAGCACCUUGAGCUCGCAUCUCCCGAGGAUGCUAAGAGACUUGGAGAACUGGGCCUGACGGCUUCCAUCCAGCCUGUCCAUGCCGAUCCCUCCAUUCUCACAGAGUGGCCGCGCCUCCUUGGAGAGGACCGUUGUAAGAGGGCGUUUGCAUACCGUGAGUUCGCGGAUGCUGGGGCUCUGAUGGCCAUUGGAAGUGAUAGUCCUACCUCGCCGUGGGCUCCGAUGGAGAAUCUCUAUGUGGCCACCACGCGGAAAUCUUCCCGAAACCUUCAAUAUACCAAGGUUGUGAAUGAAAAUUUCCGAUUGGGGAUGUGCGAGUCAAUUGUUGCUGCCAGCGGGGGUGCAGCUCGCAGUGUAUUUGCGGAUGAGCGCACUGGUAGCUUGGAAGUGGGUAAAUUAGCGGACUUUGUUGUUGUUGAUAUGAAGUGGGAUGCCGAUGCGUUAUUGGAGGCAAAGAUCAAGGAAACCUGGUUUGCAGGAAGAAAAGUCUGGUCCAAAGACCAGUGA